CUCUCGCGGACUCUCGCAUCUCUCCGCUGCGCCGGAACGCAAACCGCACCCUCCGACGCAGGGGAUGGACGUAGAAGGAGGAGGAGGAGGAGGAUCCCGAGCGGCGAAACGACGGGGAAGGAGGAGGAUCCCGAGCGACGACCGGGGAUUCACGUCGGCGGUGAGGCCCUGCGACGAAGGGCGCGGCAUAGCGGCCGGGAACAGGCCGCAGAGGAACAGGAGGACGGCGCCGGACACCUACCGCGAGCCCAGCUCCGAUGAUGAGGAUGGUGAGGAACCCGUGAAUAAUCGAGCUGUUCAGCCUCUGAACAUACCCAAGAGAAGUGAUGCAGGGGAAAAGAGGGGGGCCAGAAAUAAGAAAUCAGAUCAAGAUGGCAGCAAGGCCCACUCCCCAGAUGGGCAAAACCACGGUGGAGACAAUACGACUAGCGAUGAUGAGGAUUUCAAGCCUGCAAAGAAACGGCGAAGAAGAGAUGCAGCAAAGUGGAAGGGUUCCACCGCAAAAAGGUUGAAGGAAGAGGAAGAAGAAUAUAAGGUCACAUCCUCCAAGAAUAAAGUUUCUCAUGAAAGAUAUAAUAAGGCAAGCUACUCAUUAUCUGGCAUAAGUUGUUUACGGAAUGACUUUAUGUAUUUAUUUUCGUGA